CAGUUUUUUUUUUUGCUAGGCGGUGAUCAGGGUGUUACCUCAGAGGAUCUUCCUUUAAACUCACUCGGUGAACUUUUAUGAAAGUUUACACCGAAGCUGUGAUACUUGGUUAACUUCUGAUGGGCGUACGGACUGCAAAACACCCCAAACACAAAAGUUGUUUUUCUCCACCGAGAGCUCCCUCGGGAACGCGUAGCAUGUUUCACUUUCAACUUUUUGCUUCUUUUCUUCGGUGAUGUGAUUCUCCUCGGUUUGUCUGGCAGCUCUUCUGUGUGCGUUUUAUUCAAGGCGGGAUUACGUUUGCCACUUUUACGAGCUCGGAUCUCAAAAUGCUGCCGAGCUCGGCGCUUUACGCCGCAAAGAAAAGGAAGAAGCCGCAGCAGAAAAUACCCAAACCUCUACCUCCCGAUGGUGCCAAAUCCAACCCAUCCAAACGACAUCGUGAUCGGCUCAAUGGCGAGUUGGACAAAUUGACCAGUUUGCUGCCCUUCACUGAAGAAAUCCGGGCUCGUCUAGACAAGUUGUCAGUGCUCCGGCUCAGUGUGGGUUACCUGAAGGUCAAGAGCUUUUUUAAUGCCACCCUCAAGAAUGGAGCGAAUAGGUCCAGCUGGUACAACAAUCACAGCCCCGUUGCAGAGGGAGAUGCGCAGAACACACCGAUGCCAUGCACUCUCACCGCCACGCCGUCCACAGCCACGCCGUCCACAGCCACGCCGUCCACCUCCCUGGUGACCUCCAUUGACGGGGUUAGCUUCUCAGAGGGAGACCUGCUCCUCCAGGUGCUGAAUAGCUUUGUGUUGGUGGUGACCUCUGAAGGCUACGUCUUCUACACAUCACCUACCAUCCAGGACUUUUUGGGUUUCCACCAGUCUGACGUCAUCCAUCAGAGUGUAUUCGAGUUAAUACACACAGACGAUCGAGCACUUUUCCGCCGUCAACUUCACUUUGCCUUCAACCCACAUUCCAGCCAGCAGGAUGGUAUCGCGCAGACCAGUGAGCAGAGCAGCAGUGAAGUCAGCUCCAACAUGAUAACUUACAACCCUCAGACCAUCCCUCCAGAAAACUCGUCUUUCUUGGAAAGAAACUUCUGCUGCCGCUUCCGAUGCCUGUUGGACAACUCUUCUGGCUUCCUGGCCCUGAACUUCUGUGGUCGUCUGAAACUCCUUCAUGGCCAGAACCGGGUGUCAGAGAACGGGACGCAGGUUCCUCCACAGCUUGCUCUGUUUGCCAUUGCUACACCCCUGCAGCUGCCGUCCAUUGUGGAGAUCCGCACCAAGACGCUCAUUUUCCAGAGCAAGCAUGAGCUGGACUUCACGCCAAUCGGCAUUGACACCAGAGGAAAGGUGGUUCUGGGUUACAGUGAGGUAGAACUCCGCAUGAAGGGUUCAGGCUACAGCUUCCUCCACGCUGCAGACAUGAUGUACUGUGCCGACAACCACGUCACGAUGAUGAAAACAGGACAGAGUGUUAGUUCCGUCUUCAGACUGCUGACGAAAACGGGAACCUGGGUCUGGGUCCAGGCCACCGCCAGGCUUGUCAUGAAGGGAGAUAAGCCAGAUUUCAUUGUGGCCCGGCAGAGACUUUUGUCCAACGAAGAAGGAGAGGAACAGCUGCGUCUUCGUCGGCUGGAGGUGUCGUUUAGCUUCGCCACUGGUGAGGCGCUGUUGUACGAUCUGGAACCAACUGUGGAUAUGCUGGAGACUUGCUCCACCCCAAAGCAGAGGAAGGUAGACCAGUACACGGUCAGCUCUAACUCCAUCCUUGGCUUAAUGCUGAACCAGGAUCAGUCUAUCUACUGCAAGCACAACAGUACCAAGACCAUGAACGACCUUAAUGACAUAGCCUUCAAGGACACCCACGCCACAGUCAGUAUUCCUGGAGAUGUCUGGGAGCAAUCUUCCCCCAACCCUGCCGUUGAAAGCCUGGUCAAGUCAGAGGGCACGAUCCAGGACAUGAUGGAGACUCUGCAGGAGAUCCUGGGUGAUGGUAACCUCAUAGAUACAGUGAAUGUGAGACCUGAAGAGCUAAAGAGCUGGGAAAGCACCGUAAUGAAGGUGAAAAGCAACAGCUGCGAAAUGAGUGGCAAGAUAAAUGAACUUAUUAGUGAGGACAUCUUCUUGUAUGUGGAGGAGCAGCUCCAAAAAGAGGGUGGGCUGAAGUUGCCAGACCAGAUUGACGACAGCGUCCCAGUAUUGAACCACCAGAACCGGGGUCCUGCUGACCCAAGCUUUAGAUGGCCUUCAGAGCCUCAGAGCCAGUUCUUCAGUGGAGAGCAGAUGAUGUCUGAACCAUCUUCACUCCCGGAGAUGGAGAAACUGACCCACAUUGAUCUUCCUCAGCUGAGUUUUAAGAGUCCAGCAAUGGAGCAGAUUGGCUUACAGCAAACACUGUCACUUUCUACCGGCCUUCAUGGUGACCAGGACCCCACGGGUGGACCUCCACAGAGCUUUGUCCCGUCUUUGAGGGCCUCCUGUUCCGAGACAUCAAACAAAUUGAGGACCAUAAAGGAGAACAACCUAUUGUCGCUCAGACAACCCAAUCACAUCCAAAGGGCUCAACCAAUGCAGCACUGCCAUCCACAGAGGAUGUCCGGCCUGCCUGUCGACCACUAUGAUCAAAUACAGGCGGGGCUUAGCUUACAGAAUGGCCAGUGGAACUCAAAGCAUGCAGACGCUUUUGUGGAAAGGUACACUCAAAAUGUUUCUAAUGGAGCGCUGAAAGCCGAUCCACCAGCACCCACUAGUGUGCAGAGCCACUUGGAGGGUUCUUGGCAGCAGCUAGAAACUGAGUUCAUUUCAAAUGGACAAAUGGGAAUGAACCAAUUAUCAGGAUUUCAGACAAAUCCAGGCUUCACAGUGACCCAGAACACUCUGUCAAUGCAUGCUCUGGGGGGUCCACCCGUCGGAGGUUCAAGCAGCUGUAUGUUCCAUAACAACCCCCCCUCGCUGCCUGUGAACGGUGGGCAUUUCAGUCAGAUGCCGCCUUACCAGCGAUUGAAAGACGUCAGCAACCACAUCCCAGACAGCCCCUCGUGCUUCUAUCAGGGUGAGAGCGGGUCCAUGUCCCAUUCAGACACGGCACCGCUUUCCUGCCAAAUGACCCCAAGUGUUGACCUGGGGGGCCCGCUGAUGCAACAACAGUACCUAAGUUUCAGUGACCAGUUCAACAACCACUCAGUUGUCGGGAACAAGGGCGGGGCAUUUCCUCACUGCCAAACGGGAACUCCUGCUCCUCAGAGAACAAACAGGAAGCAGCUGUGACUUGUGGGCUGCAAGGGAUCACAAAAUGGACAAGUGUCUCGAAAAACAUGAACAUGCGCUUGACUGAAGAACAGAAAUGCCCCUAUUAUUUCUUUGUCGCCUAAAUGGUCAGGAUACUCAAGUAAGAGAUGAAAGCUCACCUGUUCGUAUGGAGUGUUUGAACGUGGAAUCAUUGAUCUGGUUGGAUUUGACCAAAAACGUGAAGAUCAGUGAAAUCUGUUUAAGGGCUCUUAUUGAUAACAUAGAUUGGAUGUAUGGAAAUUGACCUGACUGGUUUUUUGUUUUUUUCACUUUCAGCAAUUUCCCCGUCAGAGGUCACCACAGGUCACAUCACCCGCAUGAACGCUGUUGGAUUAGUUUGUACAACGGAUGCCCUGGUUGGCAAUCUCACCCAUGCUCUCCACCGUGUAGCACCGCACCGCCAGGGUUGCUUCCCUUAUGACAGUAGACGUCCCUUUUUUGGCCACAGGGUGCACUUGUGCCACAUUUGUUAUUUGUCCUUACUGCAGGGGGGUUCAAAGUUUCCAAGGAAAAUUGGAGGAUGCGGAGGAUGUGUGUUCAAGAUGCUAAAAGCCAUCCAAUGCAUGUCAAGGUAAGCUAUUUGAACAAACUACGGACAAGUUAGCAAUAAAGCUAAUUUGUAUAAUGAAGUAUGUGAUAAUAUACUGCAUAUAAUUAAUUGUUAAUUUUAUGUGUACACUAUUAAUAAAUACUGUGGGCACCACCUGAAUUAAUGGAACCUUACAAGCUGAAAAAAGCUGAGGAGUGACGGAUGAAUUUGGUUUCAGCUGCCAUCUCUUAACAUACAAACACGCACAACCAAGUCGCUCCCAGAAGGACAAAAUGGUCCAAAAUGAUAUCUACUUUUUUGAUCCAACCAACCUACAAAAACGAAACCUGCUGUGUGUUGUUUGAAAGCAAACAGUCUUUUUUUCCAUUGUUAUAUUUCAGUAGGUUUUUCUUACAGUGGAAAAAUAGCGCAGGCAAUGCCUCUCAGUAACAGAAAUGUAUAUAUUUAAACUAAAACAACAAAAGUUAACUUUGCCUAUGACUUUCAUAUGUAUUGCACUCUGUUUAGAAAGCUUAUAUACUAUGUACAUACAUUAAUAGACAAUUGUGUGACGCUAUCAACAGAUUGUAUUCCCUCUAACAUUUUUUUUUUUGCAACAAUGACUGUAAACGUGAAGCUGUCAGUCGUCUUUUUGCAGCAAAAGUCCGUCCUCUUUCUUCUUUCUGUCUCGUGGUUAGUUUAGGAUUCCUGCUCAAAGCCAGAGCAUCAACGGUGCAGAAGUAAAAAUAACAAAGGCAGCUAUCGUCUGGUUUAAAUGAGGAUGUAUACAUGCAGCAAAGGAAAUGGAAGAAGAGACUUCCAGUGUCUUACAGUCUGUGGGUCUUAAUAUUGCUCAACGAUAAAAAAGGAAAAAAAUGUCACUUUUUAUAAUUAAAACAUGCCCACCCUUUACAAAUGUUUAACUGCAGGCCACAUAAUAGAUGGAGGUAGCGUCUGAGUGGGGCUGGGUCGCAUUCAUCUCCACCAGAUGACUAACUUGUCAACAAACACUACCAGAAGCCCGUAAGCGGUCAUGACUAUAAAACCCAAGUACUGUAUAAAAAUAUAAUAUUGUGGUACCCGAAAGAGGCACAGUCCCAGGCAUUGGAGUUUGCUUCAAGGAAGUUGCUCGUUAUUUGGGCAAGUAGGAACUCAAAAAGGCAUGCAGGAGUAUUUUUGGCUUCCCAGCAUGCCUUGCGGUACUUGUUUUGUAAAACGUGGCUAAAUUACAUGUUUAGAGUAGUAGUACUUGCCCUAUUGUGUGUUUUCUUACAUGUGACAUGAUGUGCUGUCAUUUUGGUGUUGGCACCAUGAUUGUAGGCCUUGUUGUGUCCAGUGAGACGUCAGCUUCGGGUCUCAUUCAGGCUCAUUUAGUGUUUCAAAUGUGCCACGAUUCGAGACCACUGAUGUAGAGGGAUCUUUAUGGUACAGUGGAACCCUUUUAAGUCGACCAUGUCUUAAGUCGUCAAGGCCCAGUCUACCAUUCUUAUAAAACUCAUGUUGCCAUUCAUCAGGAGUGUCCAAACAGGGCUACUUUCUUAUUUUAUAAAACCAACACAUGUAGAUAUGCUAAUAAUUUAUAUUGUUCAUACUGUAUUUCAAGAAAAACUCCAUCUGUGGUUUGUGAUAUAAGUGGAAAAUCUUAGUAUUAGUAUGAACUUUGGUCAUAAUCGUUGUAAAUUUAGUUCUCUUAAUGACUUUUUUUCACAUAUGUUUGGAAAAAAUGUUAUUCCCAUUUUAAAACAUUUUCCCUCAAAGUUAUUUUUUCAAAAUGACAAAUGUAUUUUGUUUUGUUUACCAUACUAGUACAACCUUUACAAGUAUUACAACAAAAAUAUUUGAAGUCUUUCUACUGAAAUGACAUGAUAUUUCCUAAUAAUAUGACAAAUUUACUCUUUUUUUCAAAAAGUCAGAAUAUGCCUUUUUUCGCUUAGGUUUUUGGCUUUUUUCUUGUGAAAUUACAGCAGUUUUUUCUAUUUCUGCUGGGUUUUCUUAAAUUUCUACUUUAUUUCUACUUUACAUCUUUAUCCCCAUUCAAUUUUUACCUUAUUCCCAUAAUAUUUGAAUAUUUUAACCAGAAGCUAAUUUUCCCUCAUAAUAUGAUGGUAUUCUCGUAAGAUUAUGACUUACUAUUUUGAAUUUGUUUUUGUAAAAUUACUGCUUAAACAUUUGCAUUUUUGCUGCUGCUGCUGUUUUUUUUUUUGUAAAUUAGAGUUUUAGAAUUUACCACAGGCCGAUAAAGAGCCGCGGGCCACAAAUUAUUUCUUGAAAUUCAAGUUGUUCAAGUCCAAUGAAUGGCUUGAAAUGGCACAAAGGUAAAUGUUGAAGUGCCAGAGGUUACAAAAGGUAAGGUUACCCAGAACACACUGUGGUACUAUAGAACAUCAGUUGAACAACAUUGUACUGGACAAAGUCAUUUGGCGAGAAAAAGGGCCAGAACAGACAGGCCAUUUUUCCUCCAGAGAAAUUGUAGAAUUGUACAAGUACUACCUUUUGACAGGUCAUGUACACGGUUGACCACUUUUGUUGAUUUCUAUGCAACUCAUUGAUUAAGGUCUACAUGUGUCGUCGUAUUAUUAACUUCAGCGUUAUCGCUUGUGUGAUUUUGCCAAAGCAGACUUUGAUUACAUCAAAACUAAUCAAAACAAACAAAGGCUUCUCAGCCAUUUUUUCAUCCCCCUUUCUGCCUAAUGUCACAAGUCAGUUAGGUUAUGUCGACAACCACUUAUGUUGACGUGAGUCAGCCAAUCCGAGGGACUCAAAUGGGUUUCACUGUACAUGUGAAAGAUUCAGUAUUUUGGCUUAUAUUUGGACUUGAAAUGUAAUAUCUAGAAAGAACAUCCAUCCAUUUUCCAUCGCUUAUCUUGGGUAGCAGUCUCAGUAGGGAAGCCCAGACUUCCUGGUCUCAGGCCACCUCCAGCCACCUCAACUGGCUCCUCGCGAUGUGAGGGAGAAGCGGCUGUACUCUGAAACCAAAGUAAAUAAAAGUUGGAAAUUGGUUAAGUAUUUUUUAGGUAGUGCCGCUAACAAAUAAACACACCUACAGUAAAGUGUAAAGUACUAUUGCGUCAUGGUAUGUAAACACAGCAAUCAGAACUCAUUUGCAACCCUUUACAUGUGUUUUCAUGAGUGCUUUUUGUAAGAAUAUACAUUUAUGCUGGUGGUAUUGCCUGUAAAAGAAAAGGAAAGGCCAAUCAUACACUAUUGGUAUCGACUUUGGUGUGAAAUUUUAGGAUGAACCCAAUAUACUCUACAAUCUUCUUCACAGUUGAACUUCAUUUGACCUUCUAUGGACUUUUGUAUGUGUUGAGUCAGUACUUUUUUGGCACAACUUCCUCUUCUGUAAUAAGGAACUGAACAGCAAAGUUCACAACAGGUGAUUUUUCUUUUUCACGUUCUAAAAACAACAAGAAUAUGUGUUAAAAAAAAUUAAAAACAACAGCAAUUUUACAAGAAUAAUGUACAAAUAUUUAGAGAAAAAAGUUGUAAUGACAAACCUAUUUCGAUUAUGAAGCUCGAUAAAAAAAAAAAAGUAGAUCGGUAGUAUAACUACAACUAUUACAUGUUAUCAUCAGUGUAUGUGUUAAUGCAUGAUCACAGCGUGUAUAUGAAACCAUGCUUCAUAGUCGAAAUAGGUGUAUCCCAAUGAUGCACAUUGUAAGCUCGCUCAUAUGAAUUCAUUUUCUCAUGUUUUAAUGAAUAAAAUAUGUAUUCUUGUUUCACAUAAGGAUUGUGAAUAAUUGGCAGAAUUCCCCCCAAAAAGUUCAGUUGCCAUUUAAGGCAGUAAAGAUGAUAUAAUUACGAAAAGAACAUGGAAUAUGAAAAAAACAGCUGGAAAAAUAUGGGAAUAAUGUAUAAAUAUUAGAAUAUGUGUGAAAAUGAUUUACGAAGAAAGAAAAAUGUAAGGUAAAAACAACAGCAAAAAUGGAGAAUACUAAUAUUUCCUAUCAUACUAAUAAUACCUUUUCACCUGUAUGACAAAGCUGGCAUGCAGUUUUUCUCUUGAAAUAUAUAUAAUUUCACAGCAAUAUCAAAGUGGCCCUUGCAUCCUUUGCUUUUCAGUAUGAGGCCCUCAAUAGAAAACAUCGGGCCCCCCUGCGGUAGUGUGACUCUUCCGGAUUCUUUGUUUCUAUGUUGCAAUGAUGGCACUCCACCAAUUCCAAUUCAACCAGGACAUUUAUUGUUUAGAGAAGGUCAAAUUAAAGUUCACCUGUAAAGGUUGUCGUGCAUUUUAAAUUCCAGCCGAAAAGCCGAAUGUACCUAACUUUUUGUGAGUGUUGGAUAUUGUUUUGUUCAAACUCAGUUUGCUGGUAUAUACAGUAUAUUUAUGUAUUUUGUAACACAUUUUGUCACAUAUUAUCGACCUGUGUUUUAUUUUUGUACAUUCACAUGCACAGCUGCAUAUACAUGUGUAUACUCUGUAACUUUUCAGUUGAUUUCAUCAAGUGUCUUUCCACAGUCGCCGCAUUAAAGAUGCUCUGAUGCAUCUCUGAA